ACUCUAAAGCACAUUACUUUGGAAAAGAAAGAACUCUUGGUUACUUAUAGAGGAAAGCUUACUGUAGAGGUAUAACAUAUGGCUCAACUAACACACUCUUGAAUUCAAAACAAUGGCCAGUACAUUUGAAGACUUUCAAUGAUAUAAAUAGGUGAAGUUUCAUAUCACAUGACAUUUAUGUACCAACUACAUUUUAUUGAAGUUAAAGACUUUGGUUUUGCAUCAUCUGCGUGACAAUGAAUAAAGAAAAUGGAAGGGCUAAUAUGAAGGUGAUGGUGGUCAUAGAUGAAAGUGAGUGCAGUUAUCGUGCUCUUAUGUGGGUGCUCGACAAUCUCAAAGAAUCGAUCAAGAACUUACCGCUUGUCAUAUUCGCAGCGCAGCCACCUCCAAAAUGUAAUUAUGUAGUCUCUUCAGCAUUUGGUCCCGCUUGCAUAUGUCCACUCUCAGCCACCAUGGAUCUAUUUAACUCUGUUCAACAACAAAAUAAGAAGGUGGCAUUGGGUAUUCUGGAGAAGGCUAAGAGAAUAUGUGCAAGUAAAGGGGUAACUGUGGAGGCAAUUACUGAGGCGGGUUAUCCUAAAGAGGUCAUAUGCGAUGCAGUUCAGAAGUGUGGUGUCAGUUUACUUGUCAUUGGCGACGAGGCAAAUGGAAAUAUCAAGAGGGCUUUGCUGGGAAGUGUCAGCAGUUACUGCGUUCAGAAUGCCAAGUGCCAGGUUCUUCUUGUGAGAAACAAGGCCUGAGGGGAUUUAACUGUUUAAUAGAUGUACGGCUGAUUUAGCUUCUGUUCUAUGAUUUGUAUUCUACUAGCCACGAAGUUGUAUACAUCGCGCGUUAUCGUUGCUGUGGAACUGUUGCCCAAAAAUAAGGUUGAUAUUAUUAGUCGA